CAUAUAUACGACCAAUGAGUGCCAUUAAAUUAUUAUUGGACACUCUGUUAAUAGCGCAGAAUUUUAUUGUAAGAUUUACUCGGGAGACAUUUUUGGUCAGCAAAUAUGUCGGAAAACAACUGUGACUUUUCGAAAUAAAGAUUUUAGCUAACUCUUUUUAAAUUUAAACUCUCAUUUUUUGAAAUAAAGGACGGUAUUCCAUAUUCCGUUCUUAUAUUUAAGACUGUCUUAAGCACAAAGUCUUCUAAGAUAAUGCCUUUCUCUUCUUAAGCAUGUCUUCAAAACUAGUCAGAUUUAUAAUCAAAUCUUGAUGGCCUUAUUUGAAUCAAAUAAGAUCAUGGGGUCGAUUCUGUAUCUAAAAUUUAAUGAAAAUACUAAAAGUGAGCAGUUCGAGCGAUUCAGUAACUUUCAUCCUAGUGGAAAUGCGUGCCAUCUCACGGGAGUUUGUUCGGCAAGAAAUUUCUUGUCGAAUGGUGAAAUCCGAGAGAGAGAGAGAGAGAAGUUGAAAAACAGAGCGAGAGAGAAACUAUAGACAGCGUCGUGACGCGUGUGGAGACCACAGAUUCUAUUUAAGGUUAAGUGUCGUACAAAUAAUAAAGCCCGAAAAAGUAACAAAAAUGGAAAUAUUCAUGGCUGUUUUAAUACUUGAGGAAGAGGAUGAUGAAGAGGCUUUGAAACGCAAUCAGAUUAUGAGGGUUACACGAAUGUUACUCAGAGAUACAUUAGAUCCUUUUUCAGUGUCUGAUAGCCAAUUUCGCAAGCUGUACAGACUGACAAAAGAUGCAACUCGUAUGCUUAUUGCACAAUUGGUGGCAUUCAUGCCACAAAUAUCACGGAAAACUGCAAUAUCUCAUGAAUUACAGAUACUAGCAUCAUUAAACUUCUUUGCAUCAGGAUCCUAUCAGAGAAGAACAGGCCAAGAUUUCUUUACGUGUAUGUCUCAAACGUCAUUAAGCCGUUCCCUUCAUGCGACUGUCAAUGCAUUGAAUUGUAUUAUUGACGAUUGGAUUUGUUUUCCAGUAACCGCUGACAGAAUGCAAAGCAUCAAACAAAGAUUUUUCAGAAAUGGCGGUUUUCCAGGAGUUAUUGGAGCAAUUGAUGGAACACACGUUGCUAUUUUUCCACCAGAAAUUGAAAGGGAAUACCUAUUUAUCAAUCGAAAGUUAUAUCAUUCAUUAAAUGUAUUGGUUACUUGUGAUUCCAAGUGCGAAAUUCUUGCCGUAAAUAGUGCCCAUGGUGGCCGAACACACGAUGCCCGAGUGCUCCGAUCAUCGAGAGUAUUUGCUCAUUUAGAGCAAAGGCACAGAGAAGGUGAAAUAAAUUCCUGGCUUAUAGGUGAUUCUGCAUAUCCUCUUCUACCUUUUUUACUGACGCCACAAUUAAAUCAAGUAGAAGGAACUCCAGGCGCAAGGUAUACAGAUCAUCAUGUCCGGACUCGUGUGACUAUAGAGCGAUGUUUCGGCAUUCUAAAAGGUCGCUGGCGUUGCUUACGGAAAGAACGAGCUUUACAUUAUUCUCACAAUUUGCUG